AUGUUCGUGGCCAUGGACUACCGUCUCGGGGGGUUCGGGUUCUUGCCGGGUGCAGAGAUCCUGAAAGCUAGCUCCGCCAAUCUCGAACUUAUGGACCAGCGUCUUGCAUUACAAUGGGACGCAGACAACAUCGCCGCAUUUGGAGGCCAUCCGUCCAAGGUGACCAUUUGGGCUGAGUCUGCCGGUGCCCUCUCAGUAUUUUAUCAGAUGGCCAUAUAUGAUGGCGACAAUACAUACAACGGUGCACUGCUCUUUCGCAGUGCCACCAUGAACUCCGGCAGCAUUGAGCCUGUAAAUCCCGCUGACGGCUCGAAAGGCAAGGCCAUAUACGAUACUGUGGUUAACAGCGCCGGUUGCAGUGGCGCCAAUGACACCCUCGGAUGUCUACGCGGGCUGGAUUAUACCAAGUUUCUCAACGCCGCCAACUCGGUUCCGGGCAUCUUAGGUUAUAAUUCUGUCGCCGAGUCCUCUGCCUCGGCAAAUACGCCUGGGCUGCCGUUCAUCGUUGGCGACCAAGAAGAUGAGAGCACUGUCUUUUCUCUAUUUCCGAACAAUUUGACAACCACCGAUCAUAUCGUGGACUACCUACAGACUCUGUUCUUCAACGCUUCCCAACAGCAGAUUACGGAUUUUGUCGCCACCUAUCAAGAUAUCAAAGAAGACGGCUCACUCUUCCGCACGGGAUACCUUUAUAACUGGUACCCACAAUAUAAACGACUGGGAGCCAUUCUGGAAAACGAAACCAGACGUCCCUUCUUGGUCCUAUCCUAUCUGUCAUAUUACGACCAUGGCCUUCCCUUCCUAGGAACCUUCCAUGGAUCUGAUGUUGUCCAGGUGUUCUAUGGGAUCCUGUCAAAUUAUGGCUCCAAAUCCCUGCACCCAUACUACUCGUCCUUUGUGUAUGAAGAGGACCCCGAUACAAAAGCUGGAGAUUACAUGGAUUGA